GCUCCUCCUCCGUCCUCCCUCCCUCCUUUCCACUCUUUUGAUGUAAAUUGUAACUGAAGACUUGAAAGAAAACACCAACUACUCCCUGCUUGUUUUUUGUCCUCUGUAAAGCUGUCCAGUUUUUUUUCUCUCCAAUGCUCGUCGCCAGCAAGCAGUUGAGUAUCGGUCGCUCCCACAGUUGGGACACCCUGGGGGGGAAUGAGGGUCAGUGGGCCGGGGGAGAAAGCGUGUAUGACCAACAAGGCAGGAUAGCGGGUCGACGAAACUCGCUGUCUUACGGGGCAGAGGGAGUAGGUUACUAUGAGACUCCCCCUGGGAUACGUCCUCCGGACCUGGAUCUGAAACGAGACCCCUACUCCUACCAAGACUCUCUGUACAGUCAGCAAGGCUACGCUACCAAUCCCCGGGGAAUGAGAAAGGGCUCAGUCCCUGAGCUAAACAACUACGACCGUCCACCCAUGGCUAAUAGUCACCGAGGAUUCAUCGCCUCCCAGGACUAUUAUCCCCAUGACCCUGCUAUGGCUCCCCGACCACCAGAGGACCACCGGGGCUUCUACCGGGUGGAGCAGCAGACUCAGGAGCAGCCUCACCCGCUCAGCAGAUCCCCGUCCCACUACGGGAUGAACCCAGUGGGACGCCCACCAUGGGACCAGGGACAGGGAGGGAGGCCCUUACCUCCGGGUCCUUCGUCUUCUUCUCCUCUUCCUCCUCGCCCUCUUCCGCCAACUGCCCAUUGCAUUAACCAGGUUUACAAUCAGCCUGCAGCUGUAGCCGCAACCGCCACUGCCAAUAUGAUGCCAGAUGGCCAAAGCUCUCCUGCUCACUAUGGAAUGGAACAACCCUCUUCACCUCGUUACACAUCUGAGCCAACCCCUCUAGCCGGCCAGACAGUCUAUACCGACAUCAACGGCCAUCCCGUGGACCCUCGGCAGCAGCCUGCAGCCACCUGCCUGGUGGUGGACCCUAACACUCAGGGGCUAGAUGGGAGCAUGCAGCAGCGAGGUAUGAUGAUAAGGCAGGAGUGCACAUUGCCCUACAGCGUUCAACAACAACAAGCUCCGCAGCCCAACAUGCAGGUCUACAACCCCAACCCUCCUCUCGCCGCCCCUGUUCCUGCACCUGUUCCUGCCCCUCUUCCUAUCCCACCUGCCCCUGUAGCCCUCCCCCCUCCACCUCCCACAGCCCACCAGACGCCUGCAGCUCCAGUGGAUCACAAGAGGAACGCCGACCCAGAGUAUCUGGCUCUUCUUCGAAGCGAGGGUCUCUCAGAGAGUACCAUCUCCUCACUCAUCCAGCAGGGCUUUGACACAACCGGCAUGCUGGCAGUCAUGGAGGAGAAUGACGUACGUUCAGUGGCUCCCAACCUAGGGCAGGCGCGGGUGCUGUCACGGGUGGCCAUCAGCGUCAAGAGGCCCUUAGAGCCCCCUCCCACGCCCCAGCAACAGGCCCACAUGCGGGGCCGCUCCAACAGCUUCAGCCACCGCUCUGACAUGUACCUCCAGCAGCAGCAGGCCAUGGGCAUGGACCCCCGGCUGAUGCCACCACAGACCCCUGGUACCAUGCAGACCAUCUCCCCCACCAUGGCUGAGGCCUUGGCCAGGAGGCCCAACAGUGCUCCCUCUCAGCAACUUCUGGAAAAUACACAGGGCUACCCAGGACCUCGUACCCCAGGGACCUACAAUGGUGCCAUGGUCCCUGUCCAGUCCCAGCCCAUGUCUGCAUUCUCCCAACACCCGGGUGUCCCCAUGACGCCGGGCAUGCAGAUGAUGGGUGCCAUGCCCCAGCAGAUGCAAGCCAUGCAACAACAGCAAAUGCCAGUGUGCAUGCCUGCCCAGCCGUCACCUCAGCAGGCCCCAAGGGCAUACUCCACCAACUACACAGUGCCCAUGGAGCUGAUGAAACGGGACCGCAGCCUGCAACCCGUGCACAGCGCCCACCCCAGCCCUCAGAUGAUACGCAAGGCUGGGGGCACCCCGUCCGAUGGAGCCAUGAUGCCAGUGGGUACCGGCAUGCAGAACCAGAGUGCUAUGGCCACCAACCAGAAGCUUAGCCGCCGUACUGGCCCACCUGUCAUCGUCUCCACCAUGGCAUCACCAGAUACAAGUAUCCGUCCCCAGAUCAUGAAUGGGCCCAUGCACCCCCGCCCCCUAGUGGCCCUGUUGGAUGGACGUGACUGUACAGUCGAGAUGCCCAUCCUCAAAGACCUGGCCACUGUCGCCUUCUGUGAUGCCCAGUCCACACAGGAGAUCCAUGAGAAGGUGCUGAACGAGGCAGUAGGGGCCAUGAUGUACCACACCAUCACCUUGACCAGAGAAGACCUGGAGAAAUUCAAGGCUCUACGCAUUAUCAUCCGCAUCGGCAGCGGCUACGACAACAUCGACAUCAAGGCAGCCGGAGAGAUGGGCAUCGCGGUGUGUAACAUCCCGUCGGCGGCGGUGGAGGAGACAGCAGACUCCACUCUGUGCCACAUUCUCAACCUGUACCGGCGGAACACCUGGCUGUACCAGGCGCUCCGGGAGGGCACACGGGUCCAGAGCGUGGAGCAGAUCAGAGAGGUGGCAUCCGGAGCCGCCAGGAUCCGGGGAGAAACGCUGGGCCUCAUUGGCUUUGGUCGUUCAGGGCAGGCCGUGGCAGUGCGGGCCAAGGUGUUUGGCUUCAACGUGAUCUUUUACGACCCGUACCUGCAGGACGGUCUGGAGCGUUCGCUGGGUGUUCAGCGUGUCUACACCCUGCAGGACUUGCUCUACCAGAGUGACUGUGUCUCCCUGCACUGCAACCUGAAUGAACACAACCACCACCUCAUCAACGACUUCACCAUCAAACAGAUGCGCCAGGGUGCGUUUCUGGUUAACUCUGCGCGGGGAGGUCUGGUGGAUGAGAAGGCCUUGGCUCAGGCCCUGAAAGAGGGCAGGAUACGGGGAGCCGCCCUGGAUGUCCAUGAGUCAGAACCCUUCAGUUUUACCCAGGGUCCUCUGAAGGAUGCUCCUAACCUGAUCUGUACUCCUCACACGGCCUGGUACAGUGAACAGGCCUCGCUGGAGAUGAGAGAGGCAGCCGCCACAGAGAUACGCAGAGCCGUCACUGGCCGUAUUCCCGACAGUUUACGAAACUGUGUCAACAAAGAGUUCUUUGUUACCACGGCUCCUUGGACAGUGGAACAGCAGCAAAUGCACCCCGAACUCAACGGUGCCGCGUACAGCCGAGUCAACCAAACCAUGGUACAGGCCAUAGGAACGGGGGGAAUGCAAGACAAAUUAUAUACCUAAUAGAGAACCAGUUUCCCAAGAACAACAGAUGAGGUCUUGUGGUCGUUUUGAAUCCUGAAUUGACAUGUACCCCCCUGGUGUGGCCUCUGGUGGGAUCC